AACUUAACUCCGGGUACCCAGCACCCACACCAUGAAAUAUCGACAGAACGUUUCCAGCAGCGCAGAGCAGCCUCACCCUCUCGCCAUCUAUCUUUCCAAGAGGUGAGAUUUUAACGUCGCAAAAUACUACUAAUGCAAUAACGUCUUUGGAACCUUAGUUUAUUAAUGCUUUGGUAUAACCUAGACCAUGAAAACAUGAGCUAAAUCUUCUCUACAAAUGCUUCACAGGCUGACGUUAGGCCAGGCGAAAAGAAAACACGACUAACUAGGAGCGCAGCCGCACACAAGGCUAUGAGGCGAGUCCGCAGGGUUCCCGGCGUGCAGCGCGGCGGUGAUCCCGGCGUGCAGCGCGGCGCGCGGAGUGGGCGAUCUGGCGUUUGGCGCAGAGGGCGCUGACUGCGGGAGCGGCGGGGGCGGCGGCGCGGCGUGAUCCUGUGUGUGUGCUGACGGCCGGAGACGACGAGGCGGGGUCGGCAUGGAAGUGAAGGAUGCCAAUUCUGCACUGCUCAGUAACUAUGAGGUGUUCCAGUUACUAACUGAUCUGAAAGAGCAGCGUAAAGAAAGUGGAAAGAAUAAACACAGUUCUGGGCAACAGAACUUGAAUACUAUCACCUAUGAAAGCUGAAAAACUUCAGCUGCUGAAUCAUAGGCCUAUGACUGCUGUUGAGAUCCAGCUGAUGGUGGAAGAGAGUGAGGAACGGCUCACAGAGGAGCAGAUCGAAGCGCUCCUCCACACUGUCACAAGCGUCCUGCCUGCAGGCCCAGCUGCUGAGCAGAGGAAAAAUACCAACUAUGACGGGACAAUGGACGAAGAGGACCCAGAGUAGAAGAGCGCAGCUGGCCCAUGCAUCUCAGGAUUUUGAAAGGCCAACAGCCAUUGUGCAGACAUAGAAGAUUGUUUGUUUAGUUUUACCCUCUACCCCAACAAACCAUUUCAUGGUUAGUUGGGUAAAUCCCAAAAAUAAGCCUUUCUCAAAAACAAGAUGAAAAGAAAUACUUCGCGUCUGGGAGAAGAAACCUGGUGAAGACAGGCUGAGGUUGUCAGGGCAGAGAGCUAAAGAAGGGAGAACAGAGUCAAAGGACAAUGACUGUGGAACCCUCUGGUAAAAAACAUUUCUUCUUUGGCCUUUGGCACAGUUGUGGGGAAGUUCCUGUACACAGCUGGUAAAAUACUUGCCUUGCCUUUGAUGAGCUGUGUCCUAAUUAGUUUCAUCUGCUUCCCUAGACCCUUCCCAAGCAGGGGCACAGAGUGCUAUUGGGGUGAGAGCCCAGGUGUGAGAAUCCUGUCAGGUGGCUAAAAUUCCCAGAGCAGCGUCUGGUUAAAAUGAGCCACUCAGCUUGGCUUGCCUUGCCUUCAGGAAUCUUCCUCUAGAGACCAGCAGAGAUCAGAAAAGAACAGGCCUGGCCCACCCACCCUCCAUCAGGCCUGAAGGCUCCCCCUGCUGGCACGGGCUUUGCUUACCACUCACUGCUCAGUCUCUUGUUAGGAUGCAGCUCAUUCCAGCUGCAGGAGGCCUUCCAACUGAGUGCCUGGCACCGGAAAGUCACACAGUGCUGGAUGCCUUUCUAACUGCCCUCAGUUUUCUGCCCCACAGAAAUCCAGGGCAGGCCCUGCCUGUGGAGACCUCCUGAGCUUCAUUUGCACCUUUAAAAGGUAUAAUUAUGUACCUCUUUUCAUAGAAUAUGAAAGAACUAGAGGUUGAUUAAUAAGAAUUUGAAUUUGUUGACUGUUGCAAGGUCGGUUUAGUUUUUUAAAUUAAACUUUUAGAAUACUUA